AAGAUAACACGUAUCAAUUAGCAUUAACAAAUUGUAAAGACAAUGGCAAAGUCCUCUUGCUCCAUUUUCAUCAUCUUGUCACUAUUAAUCGCAGCGUUGAUUAUCUCCGGCGAUGCUACCGACUUCGGCAUGAACGGCUGGAUUCCGAUGAAAUCCGCCGACAACUGUCUAGGUUCAAUAGCGGAGUGCAUGGCCGCCGGUGAAUUCGAAAUGGAUUCAGAGAGCAACAGGCGCAUUUUAGCAACUACUGAUUACAUAAGCUAUGGUGCGCUUCAGAGGAACACUGUUCCGUGUUCUAGAAGAGGUGCUUCGUAUUAUAACUGUGAGACAGGUGCUGAAGCUAAUCCGUAUACUCGUGGUUGCAGUGCUAUUACUCGUUGCCGGAGUUAAUUACGAUUUAUCUUGUCUUUGUUAAUUAGUAAGUACUGUAAUUGUUUUGAUUAAUUUGCUGUUUGAAUAAGUGGUAGUGUUUUGUGGUUUUUGGUUAGAAUAAACCUGGUUUGAAUCCUGUGUUUAUAUAUACUACAGUAGUACUAUUUUCUUUUCAGUUGCUUCUAAUAAAGUGGUAGUGGUGCUCAGGAUGUAUUAUUUCUGUUUAAUACAAUGUUUAUUGGUGCUAA